CUCCUCUUUCUCCUUUAUUCUCCCCCAGACUCGCGUUACUUCUCCCUUACCCCAACUCAACUCAACAGACAACAUUCAAAAUGGGUGGCGAAGGCUGGCUCUUUCUUUUCGCGGUCCUGAUGGCCGCUGUCCUCUUGUUCACCAUGGUGUUCUUCAUCAUCAUGUUCUCCGACCUCGAGUGCGACUACAUCAACCCCAUUGACCUUUGCAACAAGCUCAACAACUUUGUCUUGCCUGAAAUGCUUGCCCACGCUUUCCUUACCCUUUGCUUCCUCCUUUCUGGUCAAUGGCUCGCGUUCCUUUUGAACGCUCCUUUAGUGGCAUUCAACGUCAACAAGGUCCUGGGCAAGAACCACAUGUACGAUGCGACAGAAAUCUUCAGGACCCUUUCCGGGCACAAGAAGGAGAGCUUUAUCAAGCUCGGUUUCUACUUGAUCUCCUUCUUCUACUACCUCUACCGCAUGAUCCUCGCCUUGAUCUCCGAGUCCGACUAGACCAUUCCUACCCCAGACGACACACGAGUCUCGCACGAGAUGUUAGAAGGAGUUUGGUGUGGUGCGGGAUCUAGACGGAGCGGUUUGAAAGACGAAAGACGGAGGCAGAGGAGGAUGUUUGUGUUGAGUUGCAGGCUGGAGUUUUCCAGUCUGGGCGUUAAAGGCGGAGGAUGUAAAGGGGCAGGGGUGUUGGCUUUUCUCUUAUUAGCGAGUGUUAGUGAGCCUCUUGUUCUUAUGAAAUCCCUAAUGUGCAACCCUAUCUGGGCGAAUUUAUUGAGCAUACAUGAAUGAGUCUUUGACAGACCCUGUAAUUCCACGGUCGAUAUAUUGAGUGCAAUGUAGUACUGAUUUCAU